AAGGCGAGAUCUGCUAAGAGCAGGGAAGAGGACUUUUAGUGGCUUAGGAGUUACCCUAAGCAGCUGCACAAAAUGGCCAACAGAGGAGGCAGGAGAGAUGUCCUGCAAACACUGGAUGACAGGGAAUUAUUGAGACGCUACAGAUUGGAUCGUGCAGGAAUCAUGUUUGUGGUGGAUCUCCUUAGAGAUGCAAUUACUUCACCAACUCGACGCCACAACGCUAUUACACCGGAGAAGAAAGUAAUCACAACCCUGAGGUAUUUGGCAACAGGGAAAAUGCAACAAUGCAGCAGUGAUGACUUGGGUCUGUCCCAAUCCUCCGUCAGCAGAGUCAUCACCCAAACACUGACAGCUUUGUCACAACCUAAUAUUGUGACACAAUUUGUUUCAUUCCCGCUGGAUGCCCGCACUUUACACACACAUAAAAGGGCAUUUAUGGACAUUGCAGGAUUCCCUGGCGUUGUGGGUGUAAUUGAUGGAACACAUGUGAGAAUAAUUGCGCCAUCAGAGGACGAGGCUGUCUUUGUUAACAGGAAGAAUUUCCACAGCAUCAAUGUGCAAAUAGUGUUCAAUGCGGCCUGGAAGAUUUUGGACAUUGUGGCUAAAUGGCCAGGCUCCACACAUGAUGCGAGAAUGCUCUCCGAGAGUGGCAUCAGACAGCUUUUUGAGAGACGCUAUGUGCCAGCUAAUUGCCACUUGUUAGGGGACAGUGGCUACCCAUGCAAACCAUGGCUCCUUACACCUUACCUCCAGCCACGCCAAGGGCCCCAACUAAACUAUAACAGGGCCCACAAGACAACAAGAGCGGUGGUGGAGCGUGGCAUAGGCCAGCUUAAGAGGCGCUUUCAUGUUCUCCACGGAGAGGUGCGGCUGAGGCCUGAAAAAGUCAGCAAACUCAUCAUAGCCUGUGCAAUAUUACACAAUAUUUGCAAGGUUAGACAGAUUGCAGAACCUCUGGAGGAUGGCGAUGAGGAUGAGGAUGGAGACAACGAUGAGGAUGGUGGUGAAGAAGAUAUUCACAUUCCACAGGGGAACCUAGCCCAGAGUGGACUGCCUUACAGGGCAAACUUCACAAAUUUACAUUUCAGGCAAGCUGUAGCCCCAUGUCAUUUGAGAACUUGUGAUGGUAUUAAGAACUACCACAGUUUUACUGCACAUCACCUGCAACUGUUAAAUGCAAGACACAGAACACAAUCUCUAAAUGGUUUAUUUUUUAGGUGUUCAAUUUUAAGGCGGUAG